AAAAUCUGUUUGUUAACUUUUAUUUCAUCUUACACUUUAUACAAUAUGUUUGUUAAUGACACAGUAGUGUCAAACCCAUAUAUCACUUCACUUCUUAAAUAGAGAUUGCUAAAAAGAAGGUGAGUGAGUGGGUGGUAACAUAAAAAUGUUAGAUUUCUCUUAACAAAAAGUUUUCAGAGUUUURCACUUAUAAUGACAGAAUAUUUCUUAUUGAUUUUUGUGAUUUUUUAAGUGUUAUUUAUGGUUACUGUUACUUUUUACCUGAUGUUAAAAUAAUUAUGAUGUUACACAGGAAAAGAAGCCGAGAAUGCCACAUUGUCUCACGGUGUUAUUAUGUGUCAAGCAAUUAAAAAAUAUCAUGAUGUGACUGGUUAUCAGGUUGGUAUUAAACCYGCUGGAGGAAUUAAAUUUAAUGAGCAGGCACUUAGUUGGCUUAUAUUGGUAAAGAACCAAUUGGGAAAUGAUUGGUUGAAAGCAAGUUUAUUCCGUAUUGGUGCUUCCAGUCUACUAGAAGAUGUUGUCAAAAGAUUAAGUAUUGUCUUGAAAAAAUUGCAGACAAACUAUAAAUAAUAUUAACUCAACUUUCAUUUUUUUUAAUUUAAAUUUUAUAUGCUUUUUGUGAAAAAAUCAUA